AUGCAGCGCUGCACGACUGUCGGCUUAUCUGGCCCCGGCGAGCAUUGUGGCGUUGACCCUCCUAGCGACGAGGAAGAAUCGAUCUUUGAAAACAACAGCAGUAGUCGCCGUGAAGAUUUAGGGAGCGAUCAUUCGUUCCUUACUACCUAUCUUGCAAGGUCUACCAGCGGUCUGGGCAAAGUGCUUGACUACUUGUGUGGUAUCUUUCUCGGAGCUCAAGGGCCCGACUUCUCGGUCACGAGACAAAAGGCAAUCGAGGAUGCCAAGAUGAUGCAGUCCACGGUCAACGAGCAAUGCGCUUCUGCGGGCCAGGAAGUCCCUCCUUAUAUCCUCUCGGAACUGAUUGGUAAGGGAAGCUUCGGAAGGGUCUACAAGGCCACCGCGACAGAAAACAGCCAGUUAGUAGCUGUCAAAAUUAUUGAUAUCGAGGAGAGCGACACAAUCAACCCCAAACUCGCCGACACCUACGGCGAGUUUCUCAAAGAAGUCAAUGCUCUGAAGUUGCUUAGCAACAGCGGAGCUAGAAAUAUAAACCACGUUCUAGAUGCCUUGCCGGUUGGCCAAUCCAUGUGGAUGAUUACGGAAUACUGUGCUGGUGGAAGUGUAGCAACUCUGAUGAAACCGACGGCGCCUGGGGGUCUUCAAGAGCGGUGGGUCAUCCCUAUCUUGCGCGAAGUUGCGGAGGCAAUCUUCUGGGUACAUAAGCAGGGAAUCAUACACCGUGAUAUCAAGUGCGCCAAUAUUCUCGUCCACGAAGCGGGCGGCGUUCAACUCUGUGACUUCGGUGUCGCUGGCGUCAUUGAGACCAAGUUUGACAAACGAUCAACCUUUAUCGGAACACUGCACUGGAUGGCCCCCGAACUCUUUGCCUUCGAGCAAACGGCCGCAUACGGAACCGAGGUCGAUAUUUGGGCUUUUGGCUCCAUGGUCUACGAAAUCGCAUCCGGCCUACCGCCCAACACCCAGCUGAUGGAUAUGGUCCGCCUAGGGAACUAUCUGAAGCAGCAUUCUCCGAGGCUCGAAGGUGACCAAUACAGUGACGCGCUCAAGGACCUUGUCGCAUACUGCUUAGAGGAGUCGCCCAGAAACAGGCCGACUAUCGAACAGGUCCAGCGCCAUCCAUACAUAUUCAACUCCUCGUCAGCGUACCCCACCGCAUCCCUCGCCAUGCUUGUGCGCGCCUACAAGCUCUGGGAGGCACAGGGAGGAAGCCGCAAGUCACUAUUCGCCCCGGCGGGGCGCAGAACCUACCUCAGGACCUCUUAUCGACUGCGCUCUCUAGCGACGAACGUCGAGGCCGCAAAAGGGCCGCGGCCGGAGGAAGCCCCGAAUUUCCCCGUGCUCAAGGCACCGCUCGAAAAGGUCUUUGAUCCCAACACCCUUACUGGGUACGAAGAAAACUCGAAAAAUUACUACGGCGUAGGGCCGCCACCUCCGCCAACCUCUGACCUGCCUCUUCGGGACGUAGGCCAAGGCUCUGAUGUUCGCGAGUCGCUCAUUGACUUGGAUGCGUCCCUCCAUGGGGGCGAGCUCUCCCAUUUUGUUGACAUGGAGACCAUCCGAGCCUCUGGCGCCCCUCGUGCAUCGCUCGACUACGGAUACAGCAUGCCCGAGGCCCAGGACCUAGCAAAGCCCCCGCUUAGCGACCCUGAGCAGUUCAACAUGAACCGGAGAACCCAAGACUGGAAAUUCCCCACCAUGGCCCCACCCGCCUCGGCCAAUCCGGAAAUGUCUCGCUUCCCUUUCAACACGGACCAUUCGGCGCCGAGCUCCGCUGGCCAGAUGGGGUCGCAGCACUAUACCGCAGACUCCUCUCCAUGGCCCCGAGUUAUCACAAUGAGCAGCUUUCGUCUCUAUGUUCCCUUCUCGAACCGCGAACCGUCAAUAUACGUGUCUGAUGACUCCACUUUCGUCAACGGCUUGGCUGACCUCGCCGCCGCUAAUGCCUCCCUGACUCAGAGGCAAAGCCGUCGAGGCUACCACUCGGGCAGCCACUCCUUCAGCAGCAGCAACGAGUACUCGGAUCCCGAGGUCAUGCUCGGAGAGGCCGGUCUCGAGGAGGUCAAGGAUGAGUUUAGACGCCUCAUGAUGAGCUUUGGAGAGCACCUCAACAUUGCCAAUGAUAAUCUGGCCGAGCUGCCUGUGAGGAGAGGAAACAGGGCCGAGGUUGUCCUGAGAGAUUGA